AUUCGUUCAAUUCACACCUAUUCAUACUGUAAAUUAAUGUUAAGUAUAUACUAUAUUGGUCCAAGAUGCCGUAGCCGUUGACUCAAGGUCAGCCCGCAGUAAAAGCUAUCUUCGUCCCCAUCUUUCUGGUAUCAUUUUCCAAUUGGCAAAGACUGUGAGGGUCCGAUGAUUACUUUCCACAGACCCCACAGUGCGACUCAGACUGCUGAAUUCCUACGUAACGUCCAUUUGGAGGGAGGGUUCGGAAGUCCAGCCAUGGCGCCAAAUCCGCACGACUUUUUUGCGUGUUUUUUCCUCCUUUUAGUUGCCUUUCCUGCUGUGAAUCACAACUAUGGCUGUGUCGCCCUUUCCAGUUUCUACCCCUCCAAUUGACUGGACCAGGGUUUCGGUGUAUUUCGUGUUUCUUGCAGCUUUGGUGCGUUCGAUUAUUGCCGCGCACGGCGGAUCCGAAACCCUAGGGAUUUUCGGUUUCGAUAUCCACCACAGGUAUUCGGAUACCGUCAGGGAGUUUCUCGACGUCGAUGGCUUGCCGGAGAAGGGUAGUCUCGACUACUAUGCCGCCAUGGCUCACAGAGACCGGCUCUUCAACGCGCGCCGCCUCGCCGGCGGCGCCUCUCCUCCGCCGGAAGGUCACCUCACCUUUUUGGGCAGUAACGAGACUUUCCGAAUCAACACCCUUGGCUUCUUGCACUAUGCCAUUGUUUCUGUGGGUACCCCUCCUUUACUAUUUCUUGUGGCACUUGACACUGGAAGUGACCUAUUCUGGUUACCGUGUGAAUGUAGCGAUUGUGCCCGAACCUUGAACUCAAGUUCAGGGAAGAAACUGGACUUAAACAUAUACAGCCCCAGGACAUCCUCAACUAGUGCGACAGUUGCAUGCAAUAGCACAAAGUGCGGACAUAGAAGAUGCUCGCGCACAUUUAAUGGUUGUGCUUAUCAGGCUCUAUACCUUUCCACCAACACAUCAACUACUGGGAUCUUGGUUGACGAUGUGUUGCACUUAGGUUCCGAUUCCACACCCCAAAUACCAGUCGAUGUCCCAAUUACAUUAGGAUGUGGGAUAGUUCAGACAGGUGAUUUCUUGAGAGGAGCUGCCGUUAACGGUCUGUUUGGGCUCGGAAUGAACAAUCUAUCUGUCCCUAGCAUUUUAGCUAGCGGUGGCCACACAGCGAAUUCCUUCUCUAUGUGUUUCCGGCAUGAAGGAAUCGGGAGAAUAGAUUUUGGCGAUAAAGGGACUCCCGGCCAGAAUGAAACUUCAUUUAAUCUACAACAGUCACACCGUUCCUACAAUGUUACCAUAACGCAAAUAGCUGUGGAGAAAAACGUCACCAAUCUCGAAUUCACAGCUAUAUUUGACUCUGGCACGUCAUUUACGUAUCUGAAUGAUCCGGCUUACUCGGCUAUUGUAGAGAGUUUCAAUCCUCAAAUAACUGAGCCACGCUAUCGGCCUCCAAGGAAGAUUAUUUUCGACUAUUGUUAUGCCCUCAGUCCUAAACAAGAUAGCUAUACCAUCCCGAGCUUGAGCUUGAUAAUGAAGGGUGGGAACCAAUUUUCUGUUCUUGCACCAACAAUUGGAAUUCCCCGGCAGGGUGGAUAUGCAUAUUGUUUGGCUAUUGUCAAAAGUGACGAUGUUAACAUUAUUGGACAAAACUUUAUGAGCGGCUACCGACUAGUGUUUGAUCGUGAGAAGAUGGUUUUAGGCUGGAAAGAAUCCGACUGCUUCACUGCCACGUUGAAUAAUGGAUCGAGCAAUACUUCUCCUGUAGUCAAUCGUAACGACACAGAAGCUCCUUUGCCGAGGCCUGGGAACAGAAUUCCUGGGCCGGCUUCAUCCCCGGAACAACUACUGCCCCCACCGGCAACUCGUGGAAGCAGCAGCGCAGCUGCGGCGCUGGCCGGAUUGGAGUACCACGAGGCCAACAGACUUUUGGUGUUCAUACUUUCGAUAUUUCUCCAUCUCUUAAUCAUUCUGUCUUUUUGAGGGGUACCUUACCUCACUUGAGUACUGGUCAGUUUUCUCGCAUACACACCAUAUAUAUAUAUAUUGCAGGGAAAAUUUGAAUGGUUUUCAUUUUUUGAGGUGAACUGAUUAUAUGCAUAUCACAGUAGAGUAUUACUAUUAUUAUUUGUGUCUAGACACAGUUUAUUUUCAAUGGUUAUAAUAAUGAUUAUACUUUA